UCUCUCUCUCUCUCUCUCAGCUUUUCUCUGAUUCCAGCUUCAAGAGUACGUACGCUUCCAAUGGCGGUGAAACCGGAGGUUGAGCAUCCCCGCGAGGCUUGUGGAUGGGCCGCCAGAGAUCCCUCCGGUGUUCUUUCCCCUUUCAACUUCUCUAGAAGAGAGACCGGGGAGAGAGAUGUCGCAUUCAAAGUGUUAUACUGUGGAAUAUGCCAUUCGGACCUCCACAUGUCCAAGAAUGAAUGGGGCAUUUCGAUCUAUCCGCUUGUUCCUGGGCACGAGAUUGUUGGUAUAGUAACAGAAGUGGGAAGCAAGGUACAGAAAUUCAAAGUUGGAGACAAGGUUGGCGUAGGAUGCAUGGUUGGGUCCUGCAGAUCCUGUCAAAGCUGCUCCGAGAAUCUUGAGAACUAUUGCCCAAAAAUGAUUCUCACGUACGGUUCCAAGUACGUGGAUGGAUCUAUCACCUAUGGAGGCUAUUCUGACUUGAUGGUUGCAGAAGAACACUUCAUGAUUCGAAUCCCAGAUGCUUUACCUCUUGAUGCUGCGGCUCCUCUGCUUUGUGCUGGGAUCACAGUGUAUAGCCCUUUGAGGUACUUUGGUCUGGACAAGCCAGGCCUUCAUGUGGGUGUGGUUGGUCUUGGUGGACUUGGUCAUUUAGCUGUCAAAUUUGCUAAAGCUUUUGGGGCUAAGGUUACAGUAGUCAGUACAUCUCCUAACAAAAAGAAGGAGGCCAUUGAACAUCUUGGAGCUGACUCCUUUGUGGUCAGCACUGAGCCAGCUGAAAUAAAGGCUGUAUUAGGCACUUUUGAUGGAAUCAUUGAUACAGUUUCUGCCACCCAUCCUCUGUUGCCUUUGAUUGGUUUGUUGAAGCGUCAUGGGAAACUUAUAAUGCUGGGUGCACCAGAGAAGCCUCUGGAGUUGCCAGUCUUCCCUUUAAUGACGGGGAGAAAGACAAUAGCUGGAAGUGCCAUUGGAGGGAUUAAGGAGACGCAAGAAAUGAUCGAUUUUGCUGCUGAACACAGUGUGAAACCUGACAUUGAGGUUAUUCCUAUGGAUUAUGUGAACACUGCAAUGGAGCGUCUUCUCAAAGCAGAUGUCAAAUAUCGUUUUGUUAUCGAUAUUGGCAACACAUUGAAGCCAAGCCUCUAGUUCUGCAUAAUUCCAAAUUUCACAAGAUGAUGCAAGAUUCUGCUGAAGGUUGAUUAAUCCCUAUAUUUUAUAUAUAUAUACACAUAUAUAUAUCAUUUGCGUCUUAUUGUUGGUUGAGCUUCAUAAAUUUGGUAGUUUACAGUCCUUCUUGACUGAAGUGUGUAAGAGCUAAGCAUCAGUUGACUGUUUUGGCGAGUGUAAUGGUUGGGGUUAAAUUUUAGUGUCAGCUAAAGUAGAUUUUGUAUCCAAGGAAAAUGAGAAACUCUAGCUUUAUAACGAGAUAGAUAUGAGUGAAAUUAAGGAAAUAAUAAUCUCUUAGUCUUUACAAUUUAUCCCAA